UGAGAGGUCCACACAGCUGGAGCUGCAGAACCUCAGAGGUCCACAGAGACAGCCAGAGGACAGCAGGAGAGACGAUGGUCAAACCAAGUCCAAUCCACGGGGUUCUGUUUCUGAUGGAGGUGGCUGCUGCAGGCUUGUUGAAAGCUGACGUCUCCCCGCCUGAUGGGGGGGACACCAUCAGCCACCCCCUGACCCUGGUGCAGCGCCUGGAGGCCCUGCUGCUCCAGGCGAACGGAAGUGACGUGACGCUGCGUGUGGAGACGCCCAACGCCGACGAGGUGAAGGUGAUCCAGGCCCACUCCCUGGUCCUGUCCCUGCAGAGCCCCGUGUUCCAGGAGAUGCUGCGAAGCAGGAACAGCAGCACGGUGGUGCUGGGGGAGAGCUCCGACUGCGCAGCCGUGUUCGACAAAUUCAUCAGGUAUCUGUACUGCGGAGAGAUCUCUCUUCGUUUGGACCAGGCCACACCGCUGCACAAACUGGCCACAAAGUACCAGGUUCUGAGUCUUCAGCGGGGAAUCACCCACUACAUGACCCAGAACCUGGCCCGGGACUCUCCGUCGGGUCAGGUGGCGGGCUGGUAUGAGUACGCCCUGCAGGUGGGGGACAUCACUCUGAGGGACAGCUGUCUGCAGUUCCUGGCCUGGAACUUGUCGUCGGUUCUGCAGAGCGGGGAGUGGAUCAGCAUCAGCAGCGAGCUGCUCAUGACCCUGCUGGGCCGCUCCGACCUGGUCCUGCACAGCGAGGUGGAGCUCUUCACGGCUCUGGAGGCCUGGAUCGUCCAGAACGAGCCUGACAGUUUGACGGCAGAGAACGCCCUGAGAGCUGUGCGUUACGCCAUGAUGCCCCCGCGCGAGUUGUUCCGCCUGCAGACCCAGUCCACGGUCCUGGCUCGGUACCAGGAGUCGGUGCGCGACCUGCUCUACAUGUCCUUCCAGUUCCACUCCGCCUCGCCGCUGCAGAUGGCCAAAUACUUUGACGUGAACUGCAGCCUCUUUGUACCCAGGAACUACCUGUCGUCGGUGUGGGGGUCCCAGUGGAUCAUCAACAACCCGACCCGGGACGACCGCAGCACCAGUUUCCAGACCCAGCUAGGCCCCAGCAGCCACGACGCCAGCCGGAGGGUGACGUGGAACGCCCUGUUCUCGCCCCGCUGGCUUCCCCUCAGCAUGAGGCCCAUGUACACGGAGACCGGUGCCAUGCAGCCCACGCGCGUGGACGGCGGGCGCCCUCGGAUCAUCAUCACCCCGGCCACGUCCAGCGCCGACUUUGCCGGCGUGAACUUCCAAAAGACGGUGCUGGUGAUGGCCCAGCAGCAGGGCAGGCUGGUGGUGAAGCACGUCUACAACUUCCACCAGAGCACUGAGGAAAACGGCGACUUCCUGUCCGACGCCAACCUGUACCGCCGCACGUCCGAGUACCUCGUCGACGGGUCGCUCUUCCUCCAUGUUGUCGUUAAACCGCUUUACCAAAGCCUGAUCACCACAAAAAACUGA